CUCAAAACAUUAACAGGCAGCAGUGCUUGAUGAAAACACGUACCAUGACCAGACGUCCUUUUUAUGGCAUAUCCAGCUACAUUUCUACCGUAGUAUUUGCCCGAUUUUUCGAAGGACUUGGAUCUUUGCACGCUGGACGAGUUAUCAGAGCAAGGACACGGUUGAAGCGAAAAGACGAUGUCUGAUCAAGGGUCUGACAGUUCAAUGGAGGAUGACGCACUAGGAGUCCCAAGUUCCACUCCCAAGUCUGAAGACACAAAAGAGGAGCACGAUACAACUGGAUCUUCCCAACAGGCGUCGACAUCAAAGGGACAACCUAGUACAUCGAAGACUUCGAGCUCCACCAAAAGGUUUGUUUGUGAGUUAUGUAUUAACUCGAAGCCUUUUGCAACAAAACAGUCCUUGCAGAGACAUAUGAGAAGCAUCCAUGAGAAAAAGCGGUCCACAGGUACUGCCGCAUUCGAACCCAAGAACCUCUUCGGUGGAAUCGAAUCUGAAACAGAUGAUACGAAACCUGGCCACAAAAGACGUCAUACCAUCGACGAUACUAACGAAGAUGGUGAACCGGCCAGCACGAGCAGAAAGAACCCUCACAUGGCAGUGCAGAAAGAAUCCCCUCCACACUCUGAAGACGAAGACGAGGUUUCUCUCAUGGAUGAAGACCCACUUGAGUUUCCAUCAAAUUUGGACAGUCCAGACACUCUGGAUAUUAUACGGGAGAACUGGGCCAAAAUUCGCACCAACAGGAAGGAUGGACGGCCUGCUCAAGAUGUUUACAAUUUCCGGCUGUACAAGCAACCGAAAUGGUCGGAGAUGCAAAGAAAUCAACUGCUAGCAAUUUUUCUGAAGCUUGACUGUCGUUGUAAGCUGAACACCUCAUUCGGUCUGCUUCUCAGGCACAGCGAGACGAAUGAGCUACGCUAUUUUCAUCCAAGUAACAACAAUGCCCGAUUGUUCGAGACGCCGUUUAUCAUAACCUCUCGAGACGAUAUGAUGAAAUUUAUUCACAGUGUCGAGGAAGAAGAACCCUUAAACUUUGCCUCACAACCAAGUACAAAAUGGUCUGUACACGAGAUAACUAACAUGGUUGUAUACGUGAACAAGAUGCCAGAUUUGCCGAUCGGGUGUUGCUACCGCCGUUUCUCAAAAACAACAGAGGACUUCAUUCACUCGUGA